AACUCUCUCACGAUGCCACCUACCUUCACCUUGACUUGCUAUCCCAGCUUCCUCACCCAGUAUAAGAUUUCCUCGCUGCCUCAUUCUUCUACCUUUUCUCCUCCAGCAACACAAGCCUCAAGUCCAUACCAUCAACAGCAGCAGCAGCAGCAACAGCAACCCCAACAACACCACCAACACCACCACGACCAACAACAACAUGUCUUUCCCGGCCAACAUCCUCAACUGUCUUGCCGGUAUUCGAGCCGGCAUCCGCCGUAUGCUGGGCCGUCGUCGCCACCAAGCUCCUUCUCCACCACCGCCACGAGCACGGAUGCGUACUCCCACCCCCAUCCCUCGCUCUUCGGAUCUGGUCCGCGCGUCUUCUCCUCCUCCCCCCCUUCCAGCUCAACCAUCUUCUUCUUCUUCUUCUCCUCUCCCUCCUCUCCCCCCCUCUUCUUCUUCUUCAUCAUCUUCUUCUCUCCCUCUCCCUCCUCUUCCGACUUCUCCCCCUCUCCCAUCUUCUCCUCCACCAUCAUCCUCGCCUCCAGGACUUUCUCCUUCCGGAUCAAGCUCACCACCGCCGUCGUCGCCCCCAGGACCACCACCACCACCACCAUCUCAACCUGGUUCAAGCCCAGGUUCAGCCCCGCCAUCCUCUCCGCUCCCCACCUACCCUCCCUCCUCUCCACCGCCGUCCUACCGCACGGCACCAUCUCAACCCGCGUCGUCUCUGGCCGCCCCUUCCUCCUCGCCACUUCGCCCGUCGUCGACUCCACCACCAUCUCUCCCGCCAGUCCCGCCCUCCUCUCCACCCCUCCACCCCUCUUCUUCUUCCUCUCCCUCUUCUUCUUCUUCGCCGCGUCGUGGGGCGCUCGAUGCGGAGGAGCUCGCGGAUCUUCUGCGCUUGCUGGAGGAAGAGUGAGAAGGGUCGGUGUGACUUUCACUAAUCCUGAAAUCGGGCUACUAUCGACGCUGCUGCUGGGCCGUGUAGCAAUCUGCUGUCUGGGAUAAUUCCUAGGCUUUAUUGUCGGUAUUCGGGAUAUAUUUUCUGGGUUUUUGUCUUUUGGGUGUUUGGUUGAUGGGACAUGAUACCCCCUUUUUCUUUUGCGCAGGACUUCCCGGCAUACUCAAUGAUACCCAUUUUCCUUCUUCUUCAAACUUCGUAUGAUGAUGUGCCGUGAAACGUGUGAAGCUAUGUGGUGAUGAACUAACAUACUUUUGAGGUGUAUUGGGACGACAGGAUCCAGUGAAGUUGCGUGAAAGUAUGGGAUGAUAUGGAGAAUGUGAUGUUGCUGCCUAUCCCAUCCUCACCCAGUAUUCUCGAGACGAAUCAGUGAUGUAGUACGUUUCCAUGGGCAUUCGAAGGUAUAUUUGGAUGCUAGGAUGUGUCGUGCGAAGUAAAUCUCGCAGAUUCUCGCUCGUCUCGGAAAUCGCUGUGGUGGUGGACUUGGCGUCGGUGUCCGACUACGUACGCGUCUAGUUGUGAAACAACACCAGUACAAACCUGCACAUAAAAGUAGUAACACACCGCAUCAUGAUUGGACCGCAUCAAUGCAAUUGUCCGUCUCACUGCGCUCAAAAGCUGGAAACAACAUUAGACCUACAGUAAAAAGGACCGAUGGGUGCAGAUUGAAGUCGUAU